GGGAGAGAGGGAGGGAUGGAGAAUCUCAGAUGAAGGACCCCGAAUGAAAAAACAGCUCAGGGAGAGAGGAUUUGCGAUCUGCUUGGUACACAAUAGAAUUAGGAAAUGCGUAGGGAUGUGAUGAACUUGUCUAACUGAUAGUCUGGCAUCACACACAAAUACACACUGACCAGCCAUCAGAGAACCAGAAGCAGCAGCCUGUUAUGAGGAGCAAAAAUCAGUGGUGUCACCUGUGCGCAGAAGAACAGUCUGUUUGAACUGGAUAGCGGAAGAGCAAAGGAGCUGGACUCUUCGUUUGACCUUAACAUGGGGGACACAGCAGAAUACCAGCGUCUGCCCAGUGAUUGCGAUGAUGAUGAUGAGAAGUUGGGCAGCAGUAUGCAGUGUGAAGAGGGCACUGAGUGGCUGCUGGAGCUGCUGAUGGAAGUGCAACUGCAGCAGUACUUCCUGCGCAUCCGUGAUGAGCUCAACGUUACACGUCUCUCACACUUUGACUAUGUGAAGAAUGAGGACCUCGAGAAGAUCGGUAUGGGCCGGCCCGGGUUAAGACGGCUAUGGGAGGCAGUGAAGAGGAGAAAAACCAUGUGCAAGCGCAAGUCUUGGAUGAGCAAGGUAUGUCAUCAGCCUUCCUCAAACGCAGUGAGAUAUUAAUCAGGCUUCCAGUCCAGGGUCAGGUCCCACACACAUCUACACACAUGCAGCUGGACAAGGGCUUCGUUUUAUUCGUUGGUCAUUCAGCUCAUGUUCCCUCAAGCACUUUAGAGUCUCAAACUUAAAAAGAUUCUUAUUGAACCUGAAAGGAAUAAAUCAAAAACUAACAUUUAAAGCACUUGACCUAGACGAUUUUCACAGACUUUUGGACAACAGUCUAAAUGAUCGCUUUUUUCAAGCUGAGAUUGUGAUGCUUCUCAAAAGAUAACUUGCUGUUCAUCUUCAAUUGCUGAGAAGUUCAGCAGUUGGGUUUCUUUAAAAUUAGAGUAAGAAAAGAUAUUUUGUCAUUGAUAGUAAAUUUCAAUGUGUCCUGUUGCUUCACAUCUCUGAAAUUUACCAACUUAUUUUCUCUCUUUUACACAUAAUGCUGAAAUGUCUACCCUGAGUGCUGAAGCAGG